AUGUUAGACUCUACUUUUAAAAAUGACACAAAACUUCCCGAGAAAUAUGGUCCAUUCUAUUUUGACCAACCCGUUGACCAUUUUUCGAAAAACUGUUCAACCUUCAAGCAUAGGUAUUGGGCUAAUACAGAAUGGUAUCAACCUGGUGGUCCUGUCAUAAUAUAUAAUGCUGGAGAGACAGCAGCCGAUGAGCGAUCAUUUUAUGUAACCAACUCUUCCAUGGCUGAGCUUGCCAAAAGAUUACAAGGCAUUAUUGUUGUUAUGGAGCACCGAUUCUACGGCCUUUCAUUACCUAGUUCGGAGCUUACAGCCAAAACCUUGGGAACAUUAACUACGGCCCAAGCACUUGAAGACAUUGCUUCUUUCAUCAGAGAACUGAAGAUUCCCAACUUUGAUAUAGACCUCCCUCCUGCUCCCGAAACAAAAUACAUUGUCUACGGAGGUAGUUACAGCGGUAACCUAGCUGCCUGGAUGCGUUUGAAGUAUCCCGAUAUUGUAUUUGCUGCUGUACCUUCUUCUGCUCCAGUAGAAAUGAGAUUCAACUAUUACGAUUACUUUGAACCUAUCCGCAAAUAUGGACCCAAGCAUUGCGUGGAUGCUAUCCAAUCGGUCGUCCUCUUUAUCGAUCACAUUCUAUUCAGUCCUUUUGGGAAGGCAAAAACUAACUUGAAAAGAAGAUUUGGAGCUGAAGACUUGAAGCAUGAUGAUGACUUUGCAGAGCUCUUGUCAUCUCCCUUAGGUCUGUGGCAAGCAAUGACACCAGAAUCCAAUCCUUUUGAAGAAAAAUUCUGCUCUAUCUUUGAAGGACAAUCAACUUUGCAGGAAUACGUUGAUGCGUAUGGAGGCUACAUUAAGCGUCUUAUAAAGCGUUCGUGCGAUGAAGAAGACGUUAACCAAUGUUUUGAUAGCCAUGAUCCUCGUUCGGCUUUUUAUGCAGAUAUCGCGCCUGACUCAAAGGCAUGGAUGUGGCAGAUUUGUACAGAAUACGCGUACUGGCAAACUGCUUCGCCUAUCUGGAGACCCACUCUUGUCUCUCGCAAGCUCAAUGCAAAUUGGUACCAACGUCAGUGUCCAUUACUAUUUGGCGAACAUGCUGUGCCCAGACUGCCCCAAUGGCAUCAAAUUAAUCAAGAAUACAAAGGCUGGCGCAUCAGCUUGGAUCGUGUGUAUUGGCUUGACGGUGAAUGGGAUCCUUGGAGAACAUUGAGUGUUCAAAGCGAUGAUGCACCUGAUCGUACCAGCUGGGAAGAAGAUGCUUAUUACACCGUUUUGCCAAAAUCUGUUCAUCAUUGGGUAAACAAAUGA